AUGUCUGAAAGAAUUUCUAUUGGAAAUACUGAAGACAAAUGCUUGAAACGCAAAAUGAUUGAAGAAUCAGAGGUAGAACUAAGAAAAGAAUCGAAAAACAUUGCACCAACCUCUCAAGCUGAUUUCGAGAAGGGAAAAAUGGUUGAAGAGGUGGAGCCAAAAUUGCAUAAAGAAUCCAAGGUAAUAACACCAUCAACUGGAUCUAAAGAUUUAUUGACUUCAAGGCUUGACAUUAACACCAAGCCAACUUCCAAUCUGUUGGAGAAUGGUGAACGUUCAAGUUCAUCUGAAAAUGUCAUUGCUGGAGUUUCACCUAAGGAAGUGAAGGAAUUUCCCUGUCAAUUUUGUGACAAGAAGUUCACAAAUUUGCAAGCUCUUGGUGGUCACCAAAACGCUCAUAAGAGUGAACGUAACUUAAGAAAAAAUAAACAACAAAGGAGGGAGGAGACAAUCGUUUCCCCCCAAAGGUUUGAACUUACUUAUUCAAACCGUUAUCCUUAUUCACGUCCUAGUCGCUAUCAAGGGUCUUCCUAUUUUCAUGGCAACUUGCAACAACCAAUUGGCACUCCAAUUGGCACUCAUAUGAACAACACCACGCCUUCUAGGCUUGGUUUUCCAUUCGGUAGCUACGGAGGGAUGUGUAUGCCAAAGUCACCUCCUGCAAUACCACAAUUUAGGAUGAAUAAUUAUUUAGGUGGAAAUCAAACUCCUGUGCUGCCAAUUCCUCAAAGGCCAAACAUUGUGGAAUUGGAUUUUUUUGGUCAAGCUAAUCAAACCCAUUCAUCCGGUGAGAGUGCUGAAGGAAGUUCCAAUGCUCCAUUUUCUUCUCGUGGUCCUCCAAUAACACAUGAUUUUAUUGGAGAAAAUCAACUUCCAGAAGAGUUCAAUGUGCCUUCUUCAUCAACUGUGGAGGAACUCGACUUAAAUCUCAAACUUUAA